AUGGCCUGCAACAGCACAGAUCUGACGUCUCUCCGUAUAGGCGACGACACCGUCGAGCGCACGGACAACUUCAGGUACCUCGGAUCUGUGCGUGAUGCGUCCGGGGACAGCGAUCGCGACAUCAAGGCCCGUAUAUCAGCGGCCUGGGCGAAAUGGCGCGAGGUGACGGGUGUCAUUUGUGACCCCAAAAUGCCGGUCAAGCUGAAGGGACAGGUCUAUAAGACCAUCAUAAGGCCUGUCCUGUAUGUCAUGUCAUCUGCCCAUGUCCGCGGCUCUCCAUGUCUGUGA